GAUGCCAGUCCCGGCGAGCUACGUGCUGUGGAUGACGCUCCUCAGCGCUUGCAAGGUCCAGGGCGAUGAGAAGAGGGCCAAGAGAGUGGGGGAGAGGGUCAUGGAGCUGGAUCCUCGCCGCCCGGCCGCCUACGUUGUCCUCUCCAGCGUUUGAUCGUCUGCGGUGACGUGGCUGACACGUCGGCUAAGAAGUCCAGGUGGCGAGGUGAGCUGGCCACCUAGCGGUCAGCAUUGGAGGCUUUGCGGGAGCAAAUACGAGCGCCUAGGUUUGGAGGAGGCAGGAGGAGCUAUGGCGGCAGCGCUAGCGCCCGCGGCAUUGAUCCGAGGAGCUGCCACCACGGCGAGCGAUGGCCCAUUCGCGGCGGCGACGUCGUCGUCCUCCUCGGCUUUGUUUGCCGCGAGAUCGUCGUCUUCCAGGUUCGCGCAAUUCGCACUGCGGUGCUCCUCCGCCGCGGGGAUUGGCUGUGGCCGGAGGGCUGUGCUCAAGGUAGCAGCUGCACAGGUGCUCCAAGAUGUGCAUUUGAGCGAGGAGGCGAGAAUGGAGGUCGUGGAUGUGGAUUUGAGCGAUCGCACCUACCCAAUCUACAUCGGAUCUGGUCUUCUAGACAAGCCAGAGCUUCUCCAGAAACAUGUGAAAGGAAAGAAUGUGUUGGUGGUGACGAACACGACCGUGGCACCAUUGUACCUGGAGAAAGUAGUCGGGCUUCUCAAGGCAAAUGGUUCCAAGAUAAAUGUGGAGAGCGUUAUCCUGCCGGAUGGUGAGAAGUAUAAGGACAUGGGAACUUUGAUGAAAGUUUUUGACAAAGCGGUGGAAACCAGAAUGGAUCGAAGGUGUACGUUCGUGGCACUGGGAGGAGGAGUGAUUGGAGAUAUGUGUGGGUUUGCUGCUGCGGCUUUUCUCCGCGGUGUGAAUUUUAUUCAGAUUCCAACGACGCUCAUGGCUCAGGUUGAUUCGUCAGUCGGAGGGAAGACCGGUGUAAAUCAUCCGCUUGGCAAAAAUCUCAUUGGUGCAUUUUACCAGCCUCAGUGCGUGGUUAUCGACACGGAUACUCUUAGCACGCUUCCAGAGAGAGAGCUCUGUUCUGGAAUUGCCGAAGUCGUCAAAUAUGGUUUGAUCAGAGACGCGAAGUUUUUCGAGUGGCAAGAGGAAAACAUGGACAAGCUGUUGGCCAGGGACCCGGAUGCUCUUGCUUAUGCCAUCAAGCGUUCUUGUGAGAACAAGGCAGAGGUUGUAUCGCUUGACGAGAAGGAAGCCGGUUUGAGAGCUACAUUAAAUCUUGGGCAUACGUUUGGACAUGCUAUAGAAACAGGAAUUGGCUACGGUGGUUGGCUGCACGGAGAAGCCGUAGCUGCUGGCACGGUAAUGGCUGCGGAUCUCUCAUUCCGUCUGGGAUGGAUAGACGCUUCUCUUCAGUCUCGGAUCCUAAACUUGCUAAAGCGUGCGAAAGUUCCAGUGGCACCCCCCAGCACAAUGACAAUCGAAAAGUUUCAAAACAUAAUGGCGGUAGACAAGAAGGUUGUGGACGGCGAUUUGAGACUCAUACUACUCAAAGGCGAGCUUGGAAAUUGCGUGUUUACUUCGGCAUACGAUACCAAAGCUCUUGAAGAAACACUGCAUUCCUUUUGUCCCUCAUAGAUUACUUCGAAGGGCCACCCAUGGUAUCUUUGUUAUAGCGAUGGUUUUUAAAAUGUUUUCCACCGUUAAACAAAAGUUCUCAACUUGUCCUA